UGAUUAUUUAAGUUCAAAACUACAAAAGACAAUUCAUUUUAAAUACCCUCACUCCGCACAGAUGUAAAUGAGGAUGACGGAAGGUAAAUGAGUUCAAUGAAAGGUGGCGAAUUGAAAAACAAAGAAAAGCCAAACAGAAUAUCCGUCCGUAAAAAGAGCAGCAGGCGGAACAAGUCAACUCUACCUUAUCAUGAUGUUUAUUAAAAGGUACACUGUGCUGUUGCUGUCUGUGGUGGUGUUUGUGGCCAGCAGUAUUCUGCUGUUGGUGCUGUCUAUAUCCACCAAGUACUGGAAGUAUGUCCGGGUCACCAAGGUCAACAAAACGAGUGAGGUGGUGCUCCAGAUGUCCAACAGUGGCCUAUUCCACACAUGCUAUUCACUCAACCUCCUAGAUCCAAUCUACGGGUGUCAGGGUAUUGUGCUUCCCAACAUUGAGAACACGAGUGACAACAACGCCAUCAAUGCAUACUACAUCACUCUGUUGUCGUUGGUGUUCCCUGUGGUGAGUGCAGUGACCCUGGUAGUGGCCACUGUGGCCUGCUUCUAUGGCUUCUGGUCCAAAAACAGACGCACCAGUCUCCUCUUCGCAUCCCUCUUCUACGUCACUUCAGGCUUAUUGAACGUGGUCGGCCUAAUGUGCUACAUCAACAGGACGAACGACGAGUUAGGCCAGAUGAACAAGAAAGAGGAAAACACAGUUGCACUUUAUUACUAUGGCUGGAGUUUCUACAUGGCCACAAUUAGUUUCGGAUUCACCGAAAUAUCAGCCGUUCUUUGUAUUUACUUUUACAAUGAGUUACUUCGCAUCGCCAAACAGAUUAUCCAGGAUAGCAACAACGCCUGUCAAAAAGAGGCCAGCUAUGAUGCCAACAACUCUUCCCAAAAUGCCACUCCAAAAACCAACUUCCCGCACACGGCUAUUGUUCACAGCAACAGCGUGCACAAUUUCUUUCCAAACCAGAACUCAAACGUCAAUGGGUUCGAUCCCACUCUUGAGACGUCGUCAAAACUCUCCGCCAACCAAUUCUCCUCUCUUGGCACAUACGUAACAACAAACAACAUUUACGGCGAGCAUUACGUGAUACCAGCCAUGACGUCACAACUUCCUAACAACCACGUCGGAGGUCAUUCGGGUUCAUCUUUGCCAUCUCGUCCAUCCUCGUCAGUUGCGAUGAUUCCUAUGAGUUCAAUGUCUGUCUCAUCGGCUAACAGGAACGCGAUGGAUUCGAACGCAACUCUCGACUGCCAACAACAAACACUUCAGCAGACAUCCUCGCUCACAAACUUCACUCCCGUUCUCCUGGCCGAACAGAGCCACUUAGCCGACAGCCAUACCAUUGGGUUCCAACACCCUUUACCAAUCAGAAUCCAGAAACAGAGUUCAAUCUCAUCCAGUGCUUCCAGUCCACCUCAGGUCCAGGGCGUGACCGGAAACAACGUUGGGUACUGCAACGGAAACAUUCCCGGCAACAAUUUCCCUGUUUUCGCUACUCCCCAGCAUCUUAUAGCUCCAUUAGGAGGAAAUAUGGCACUUGUCGCUACUCAAGGCGGCGGAGGGAUCGGCUCAGCGGGAAUCGGGGGUGGUGGUGCUAAAUCAUUCUUGGUCAACGACACAACAGUGUAGAAUAUUACUUACUACUUCGGAAAUGUCUGUUCUGUAUAGAGAUAUUUGAUAUCGUGUUCACAAAAGACAACUUCAAACUACACAUUUGACUUUGCUCUGAGUAUUUUUAUCAAGUACGAAUUGGUAUUAUACAUUUUACAUUAAAAUUACUCCAUACCCAAG